ACACAGUGCGGGAGCUUGGCACACGUUGCACAAGCACUACUUGACGUUGUGGGUCAACACGUGGCCUCUUCCCCACAUACUGGCGUCAUGCCGUUCCCUUGGGAGGUCGCGGUAUUGGCAAUGGUUGCAACGACGCUGUUGACCGGUGCGCUCGUUCGAGGUGACUUGGCCUCUGAAGCUGCGCAGCUGGACGUGAUGUUUGAAGCACUCGGCGGCUCGACAUGGAAGGUCAAGACAGGAUGGGAGGCGCGUGCCGGAGGAGCCAGUGCGAGUACUGAGAGCGUGUGCGACUACUAUGGCAUUGUCUGCUCCAACAACACCGCGGACGGUCAACUGCACGUCACCGCCGUGUACCUUGCCGGAAACGCUCUCGAUGGCGAGCUGCCGGAGCUAGCAUGGGACUUUCCUGAGAUGCGCGAGUUUGAUCUCACCGCAAACCGGAUUUCAGGCACACUGCCGCCAGCCUGGGGCCGUUGGAGCAAGCUGGAGAAGCUUUUUCUCGGCAGCAACACGCCCCCAGACGAGGCGGCGAUGCUCGCCAACGGCGCAUCGUACACCUACCUGCGUUGGUACGGACUCACGCUCUCGUCGGGAAUACAUGGCCCACUUCCGCCCGAGUGGGGCGCGCUGACCCGGCUCCGGAUGCUUGCGCUCAACACUGGUGCGCGAUCGACGACCGACGGCUUUGCCGGGCACGACAUCCCGCCCGAGUGGGCUGGCAUGGCUUCGCUCCACUUUCUCAACUUUGCCGACUCGGGGCUGGGGACGGGUGGGCCGCUGCCGUCGGCGACGCUGGCGGCCAUGCCGGCGUUGCGGAUCUUCUCGUGUCGGCGGUGCGGGUACACGUCGAUUCCCGGCGAGCUAACCUCCUCGCGGUCGCUCAUCCUCGUCCACUUUGGCCACAUGCCGCUCAACGGACCGUUCCCCACCAUUUGUGGAACUGGCCGCAGCUGCAGGGCAUCGGGAUCGGCGACACGGGAACAUACGGCGAGCUGCCGACCGACUGGUCCGGCAUGCAGAGCCUUGAUCUGCUCAACUUGCCGAACAACCCGGGGCUGACUGGCACGUUCGAGCACAUUGCGGCGCUGCCCAAGCUCCAGGUCCUCCACACCUACGGCUCGGGCAUCCGCGGCGACUUGCCGGUCUUUGCCUCGACGGAGCUCGAGCUACUUGCCAUCUCCAACCAGGAGCUGACGGGGACUAUUCCGCCUCAGUGGGGCUUGCUUUCCAAGAUGACUCAGCUGUGGAUGGCCGGUAACAUGGUGAGCGGGCCGAUUCCCGCCACGCUCGCCAAUUGGACGGCUCUCACACUCUGGGAUACCCGUGACAAUGUGCUCUCGGGCACGCUGCCGCCCGAGCUCGGCGCUGGGUGGAGCAAGCUUGUCCGCUUCAAGGUCGACAACAACAGGCUGAGCGGCGAGCUGCCGCGUGGCUUCAACUCGCUCGUCCAGCUCGAUGUCAGCGGUAACAUGUUCACCGGUUCGCUGGACAUCAUGUGCGACUCGCCUGCACUCGACUCUGUUGAUGCUGCCAACAACGCACUUUACGCGUUUCCCGACUCUUGCGCACUGACAAGCACCUCCCUUGAUCUCUCUAGCAACAACUUUGCCGGCCAGCUCCCGGCCGGCAUCGGCAACGUUGCCGGACUCAAGCAUCUCUCUCUGGCGUCGAACUCGCUGUCGAUCGGACCGGUUCCACUGUCGUGGGCCAACCUCGAGCCGUCGCUCAUUUCUCUGGACCUCUCGCACAAUGCCAUUGCCGCGGACGUUACCAGCUUUCUGGUCCCGUUCCGCACCUUUUCUGCACUCCAGCGAAUCGAUAUCUCGCACAACAAGUUGUUUGGCGAGAUGCUGUCGAGCUUGUUUCUGGAAGUCUUUCCGGUUCCGCGCAACUUUCUCCAGCCGCUUGUCUCGCUCUAUAUCAACAACAACCAGAUCUCCGGCAACGUGCCCGAGUGGGUCGAUCUCCUCCCAUCCAUCCUCGAGUUUGACGGUUCGGCCAACAACUUUACCGGCUCGGUCGAUCGGCUCACCGGGUACGUCCAGUCGGUGGUCCUUUCGGACACGCCAGGGCUGGGCGAGGCCGACGGCGCAUCGCUCCCGCCAAAUCUAGUGCCUGUGGAGCCGUUCUCGCAGCACCGCAUCGACAAACCGUACUCGUGCCCCGCAUUUGUGGAUGUGCGGAUGCUGCGGUCGAGCGUGGUGCUUGAUCCGGCGUACUACGGCUACCACCUUUGCCGUUGCUUUUCUGGCUUUCACGGCUCGGCCGGCAAGUGCCACUCAUGCGAGCCGUACGGGAGCGCGGUCCGGUGCGAGGGCGGAAGGGUCGAGCUUCCGGCGGCGCCGAUUCAAGACGAGCGGAUCGGACGGGGGUUAGGGACCGCGAGCCUUGCAUCGAUUGCUACUACCGACACCGCCGCUCCGACCGAGUCAUCCAGCGACGCUGGGCCGUACUGGGGCGGCGCCGAGGUACACCCGGGCACCAUCACCAUUCAGCCCAACUACUACGUGGCAGGCAAGACCGCAAGUGGUAUGUUCCUCCUCGACGAGUGCUACCCGAUUGGAGUCCGUGAGACGAGCUGCAACCCGCAGGGGUUGGACGAGUACACCUGCCGGGAGGGGUACCGCGGGCGGGUGUGCUCGCGAUGCGAGACAGGAUACUAUCUGCAGGGACGGCGGUGCGAGGUGUGCCCAUCGGCGCUUCCUGUUGUGCUUGCUGUCGUGUACACAGUGACGUUUCUGGCGUGGUUUGGCGUGAACCAGACUCGCCGCAAGUCUGUUUUUACGCGCCGUUGGUCAAGUCGCUCUUCUUCUUUCUGCAGAUGUCUGCGAUCCUGUUCUCCGGCUCGUCGGUUGUAGUGUGGCCGCAGGCAGCCGAGUCAUUUUUCACCACCAUCUCGAUGUGGACAUCGAUUUCUGUUCCACCACUGACCUGCCUCUCGUCGGCCGGCGACACGUGGGUGUUCUCGUUCUACUUUACUGCAGCGGCGGUGCCUGGACUGUUUAUGGUGCCGGCGUUGGGCUACGUUGCAUUUGUGGUUUUGUCUCGGUGCUGCAGCGCGCUGGGCAGGCGGAGCGAGCGGUUCUGGCGGCACGGGGCGAUCCGAACGGCGCUUGCGGUGCUCAAUCUGGGCUACAUGCCCAUAACGAUGAGCAUGCUGAUGGCGCUGCCGUGCCGAGGCUCGGCGGAUGGCAAGCACUACCUCUGGGUUGCGCCGUGGAUUGAGUGCACGCGGUCAAGCUCAGAGUGGCUGGCGAUUGUGAGCAUCGGGAGCGCGAUGACGGUGGUGUACGGACUGGGUAUCCCCUGUGGAUUUGCGGCCCUGCUCCGGCAACGGCGGCAGUCGCUGAGCGCGAUGGUACCGGGCAUGGUCGAGGCCGAUGGUCACUGGCUGCAAUUUAUGUAUGCGCCGUACCUCCAGCGAAUGUACUGGUUCGAGCUCGCGGUGAUGGCGCGGCGGUUGCUUGUGGCAGUGCUCGCGGUCCUACCUGCGACGAACCCAUUUGUCCCUUUUGCGUUUUUCGUGGUCCUCACGGGCGCGCUCAUUGUGCAGUUUACGGCCAAGCCAUAUGUUCACCAGGUGAUCAACUGGCUGGAAAUACUCACGCUUGUGCAGCUGAUGCUCACCUUUGCAAUCGGCCUUGUGUACUCGUCCGAGAUGUACACGACCGACCUCGGGUUUGCAGGUAUGGCGCUCGAGGCUGUGGUCAUUGUGAGCAACGUCGGAGUCAUCGCGGCGUUUGCGGGCGUGCUGGUGUGGCGGAUGUACACCGCGCGCAAGGCGUCUGCUGAGAGCAACGACGACACGGAGCGGAGGGCGCGGCUGAAACGGUUCGAGGCGGUGGUGGCGACGACGCGGCCACGCAUCGCGCCGCUCAUGGAUCCGAUGCUGGGCGGGAGCUGGCCGGCGACCCGGGCGGCCUCGUAUCACGGACUGGCUUUGCCGCUCGUGGCGUCGCGGAGUGCGUCCAGCCGCGGGUAUAGCAGCCAGAGCGAGUCGUCGAGCAGCGAGUCGUCAACGGUGGCCGGUUGGUCAACGUGUGACGACAUCAAGCCGCUGCUCGAGGCGUCGGGCAACGAGUUGGCUGCCAGCUGGAACGAAGGCGAAGACGAGGACAGGCAGCUCGCGUCGCGGUCGAGCGUUCUGAGCUCGAUCUCGAGUCUUACGCCGAUGACGGAUGCGGGGCAGGGGACGUAGUCUGGGACACACUGGCCGAGCCGGACGCGUUGGACGUGGCGGCUGGGGCAGCAUCUGAGACAACGUCAACAGGAGCGGCGGUGGUGGCGGCGACAGCACGGGCAAUGGCGUCUGCAGCGGCGCGAGCCUUUUCGUCAGCAGCGGCCUUGUCGAGGACCGAGCCGCUGCCGGCAAGGGAUGCG